UAAUCGCCCUUGUGGGCGUGGCGUCGCGGCCGGCAUUACGUCACCGGUUCGGAGGCGUUUGUGGGCGUGGUUUCCGGGGGGCAGGGGGCGUGGCCUGGCAGCAAUGGCGGCGCUGCGCGUGCUCGUGGGGGUGAAGCGCGUCAUUGACUUUGCUGUCAAGGUGCGGGUGGCGCCGGGCGGGGGCUCCGUGCAGACGCAGGGCGUGAAGCACUCGCUGAACCCCUUCUGCGAGAUCGCCCUGGAGGAGGCCGUCCGGCUGCGCGAGGCGGGCACGGCCAGCGAGGUCAUCGCCGCCAGCCUGGGCACCAAGGCGUGCCAGGAGACCCUCCGCACCGCCCUGGCCAUGGGCGCUGACCGGGCCGUGCUGGCCGAGCUGGCCGAGGGAGCGCCCGCGGGGCCCCGUGAGGUGGCCACGGCCCUGGCGGGGCUGGUGAAGAAGCUGCAGCCGCAGCUGGUGCUGCUGGGCAAGCAGGCCAUCGAUGACGAUUGCAACCAGACCGGGCAGCUCCUGGCCGCCAUGUUGGACUGGCCGCAGGGCACGUUUGCCUCGCGGGUGCAGCUGGAGUCGGGCGGCGUGCUGGUGGAGCGCGAGGUGGACGGGGGCCUGGAGACGCUGCGGCUGCGCCUGCCGGCCGUGCUCACGGCCGACCUGCGGCUCAACGAGCCCCGCUACGCCACCCUGCCCAACAUCAUGAAAGCCAAGAAGAAGCCCCUGGAGGUGCUGCCGGCCGCCGAUCUCGGGGUGCCCGCGGGGCCCCCCCGGCUGAAGGUGCUGCAGGUGCAGGAGCCGCCCCCCAGGGCCGGGGGGGAGAAGGUGGAGAGCGUGGAGAGCCUGCUGGGGAAACUGAGGCACGCCGGCCGGAUCUGACACACCAGUACAGACCAGUUCGUCCCAGUACAGCCCCAGUGCCGUCCUUGAACCGUCCCAGUUCGUCCCAGUCCCCCUUACUGGGGGGGGAGCCUGCUGGGGAAACUGAGGCACGCCGGCCGGAUCUGACACGCCAGUGCCUCCCAGUUCGUCCCAGUACAACCCAGUUCAUCCCAGUGAUGUCCCAGUUCAUCCCAGUUCAUCCCAGUGCUCUCCCAGUUCAUGCCAGUUCACCACAGUGCCUUCCCAGUUCACAUGGGUUCAUCCCAGUUCGUCCCAGUUUGUCCCAGAUCAUCCCAGUCCCUCCCAGUUCGUCCCAGUUCAUCCCAGUCCCUCCCAGUUCAUCCCAGUCCCUCCCAGUUCAUCCCAGUUCAUCCCAGUCUGGCCCAGUUUCCCCUCAGUGCCUUCCCCCGCCCCAAUAAAGGCGUGGCCAGUCUAUGA